AAAUAAGAGAAAAAAUAUUAAUAAUUGCAGAGGAAAAUGCAAGUACAUAUUUCAUGAAGUAUAAUAGAUAUAAAUCCAGUUAAAUUAUCAAAACGGCAAGAGAUUUCAUCAUCAAAUCAACAACAUUUGUAUUCUAUCUUUCCCUCGUAUAUUGUGACUGGAACCAUGACAUGAGACUACAUGAUGAUUUGAUGGCGAACUAUAGUGUGACAAAUCGACCACACAAUAAAACAGAUGUCAUAUCAAGCUUAGCCAUCAACCAGCUCCUUGAGAUGGAUGAGCGCAAACAGACGCUUCUAAUUUCUAAUAACAGUUUGGUUUUGUUUCUAUUGGAAGGACAAUCGUCUGACUUGGAAUCCUGAUACCUAUGGAGGUAUGACUGAAACCUACUUUUCUGUAGAACAAACAUGGUUGCCAGAUAUCACAUUGUACAAUAAUGCAAAUGAUAGACCACUUUCCAUUAAACAAUACAGUAAGGAUAUCUUGGUUAAGGCUGAGCACACUGGUGACAUUCAACGGUUAACUCCCAGCAUCAUAAUGACUUCAUGUAAAAUUGACAUGAUGUUGUUCCCAUUUCACACUUACCGCUGCCCAAUACAGUUUGGAUCAUAGAUACUUACUGGAAACCAACUCGAUCUCUUUACUCAAGAGGACCAUGGAGAUUAUGGGCAUUUUUACAACACGGAGAAUGGGACCUUUUAGAAUUUCCAGUUAAGAGAACUGUUUUGAUUUAUAGAUGUUGCCCUGAUCCCUAUGUUGACCUGACCUAUACAAUGGUAUUGAAACGUAAACCAUUGUUUUAUAUUUACAACUUGAUUAUCCCAUGUGGAUUGCUCCUGAUUGUGAGCAUCAUGGGAUUCCUAAUGCCAAUAGCAUCAGGAGCAAGAGCACCUCUGUCUAUCAUGGUACUGUUAUCAAUGACAGUUCUCCAGUUGAAUGUAUCAUCCACUAUACCAAUACAGAGUGAGAAUACACCGCUUAUAAGUCAGUACAUUGGUUACAUCCUCCUCUUUAUGUCUCUAAAUGUGAUUCUCACCAUUGUAAGUCUCAAUAUCUAUUACAGGGAUCACUAUGGCAACAGGAUGUCAAACAUGACAAGGAAUGUAAUGCUUGGAGUAUUUGGACGGUUAGUUUGCAAGACAUUACCAAAAUCAAAAGCAGACAGGAAACAUAUAAAUAAUAUGUUUACAAAUAAUGGACAAAUGAAAACUAAAAUAAAUAAAUAA